AUGGAAAUCUUUGAUGCAUCGGAUAUCUUGCUGACUCAAAAAUGGCAGCAUGUGGAUGCAUGUCUCCCAAUAUCAGCCUUGAAGGUGUUCCAGUGCCAUGGACGUACCCUUAUUUUUGAAGGACAGGGGCCAUAUCUUCGAGUGAUCGAUGAACAGUCCGGCAACGUCUCAGCUCAAGUCCAGGCAUUCAAGCGCAAUCAUGUUCAUGGCUUUAUCACUUUCCUAUGCACGCAGGACAGCCAAGAUGGCGCGUACUGCGAGUCAAUCAUGGUCUGGGGUGGAAAAUCGCUAAGAGUCAUUGAAUUCUCCAUAGACCAAAAUUAUGGAGUUACUUUGGCCCUGUCUAGUGCCGAGUUUCUUACUCCGGAUUGGCUUAUGAGUGGGUGUGCUGCUGUUGCAGGAGAGCCCAAUACAGUAUUCCUAAUCACUGCAAACAAUGCUCUUCUAAUGGCUAGAGUUGAAGAUGGUGAUUAUGCCCAUUACAGCAAGGCAAUUUGCAUUCACCAGCUCGCAACGAGUGUGAAGUGCAUAUUGUACGCUGCCGACCUUGUGGCUCUUUCCCCAUCACAUAUCCUGAUUGCCUCGGGAACUGCUUUUGGUGAGAUUGUCGUUUGGUCUUGUUUCAUAACUGAAAAGGAUCCAAGUCAACUCAAGGCAGUGGGUUCCAUUCACCAUUACUUUACUGGUCACGAUGGAUCCGUAUUUGGAGUGCGAAUCUUCCCAAAUAUUUCGUCCUUGAACGGUGGUCUCUCGGGCAGGUUGCUGGCAAGCUGCAGUGAUGAUCGGACUGUCCGAAUAUGGGAUAUCACUGACUGCGAGUCCAAAACUCCCCAAGACCCAUCUGCCUACUCUACAGAUGGCUUCGAGCUCCGAAGUACUGGCUAUGGAAGUGGCCUUGGAUCCGAGUCAUGUGUUGCGAAAGCUUUUGGUCAUGCUGCUCGUAUCUGGAGCGUGAACAUAUGCCCAGUGGAAGAGAAUAGUCCAAACACCCUAGGUUUAGUGUCUCGUGGUGAAGAUCGGGCCUGUGUAGUAUGGGAACUCAGCUGGGAGACAAUGUCUUCCGGUGCCACUCAAUAUCAGCUUCGGGAGAUGUCUUCAGCUCAACCCCAUUUGGGAAGGCAUAUCUGGGCUCUGGAUCUCUGUGAGCAGGGCGAAGAGACGACCGUCUAUACUGGCGGUGCUGAUGGAGCUUUGAAAAGUUUCAAAGCCAAGAAGCAUGUGUUUGCCCCGUCGAAGUACAAUACCCCUGGCCAGAAUAAUCUUCUAGGCCAGAAAAGAUCUUCAGACCCUGAUGCGCCCAAAACAUUUGAUUUUGUCGCUUCGGACUAUCUCAUUGCUUGUUCUUUGCGCAGUGAGCUCCGUCUUGGACAUGUCAGCCCGAUAGACAACGCGAACGUUACAUGGGAAACUCUUUGUACUGCAGAAGAUCUCCGAUCAUACUCGCUGAUUACCGGCAUUCCUCGGCGAGGACUGGCUUUGAUAGCUAACUCUGAAGGGUUGGUCAGGUUAUACAAUCACAACACCAGAUCGAUCACAGAAUUGGUGAAUUUAGGCAAACGCCCUCGAAGCAUUCUGAUUGCCCAUGAGCAGGCACAUUUUGAUCGCAUUUCGGUCCUUGUGAAUUACUACGCUGGCGAGGAAGCCACUUUGUUGACUGUCACAGGGUGGAAAAGCGGUUGCCCACGAGCUGAGGCGACACCAUUUAGUCUACCGAAAGCACCAUACAUCACAACUGCCGCUUGUUUGACGUUGAACAGCAAGCACUUGCUGCUUGGUUCUGAACUUGGAGGUGUGGCAGUCUACCAGGUUGCAGGCCUUGGUCUUUCUUCCAAGCCCUUGGUCGACGAAAGGCGAAUCCAUGGCCACGAAGGUACCACUUGUAUCCGAGCUGUGAAUCCGACCGCGGAUGAACAGGAAUACAUAUUGACAUGUGGACGUGAUGGCAAUUACUGCUACCACGAAUUGAAAGUGGAGGGAGAAAGUGACGUCGCCCUCGAAACACUCGAUCGGACCUCUUCCGGUCUCGGCCAGGACCUUUGGGGUGCUUAUCUGGAAGAGACAACUGGUGAUCUUGUUGUAUACGGGUUUCGAUCGCAGAAUUUCGUUUUGCGGAAUGAGACAAGGCAGCAAGACAUCAUUUCCAUCGCUUCAGGUGGCGCUAGAAGGAUCUGGGCAUACAAACCCAACACCGAAUCCAGCAAGCCUCUGUUGGCUUGGCUAGAAAAGCCCAAUCUGCAAGUCAUGCGAAUUCAGACCGAUAUCAACCGUUCCAUUCGGGCCGGUGGGCAUGGCCGAGAACUCAGGACUAUGGACGGACUGGGUGCUAUCAAUGGAAGAGGAUCGUUCUUUGCCACUGGAGCAGAGGACACCAUCGUACGUAUCUUUGCGGCUUCGAGCCAAGCAAGUGAAGGUCCCUGGGGUUCGUUCGAAUGUUUGCGAAUCCUAGACAAGCACAGAUCUGGGAUCCAGCAAGUAAGUUGGUCAAAGGACGGUCAAUAUCUCUUCACCUGUGCUGGGCAAGAGGAGCUUUUUGUGUGGGGAAUUCGCUGGCUUCCUUCGUUUGACAUAUGCGUCAAAAUGGUUGCAGAAUGUCCAAAGAGCGACCCAGACUCCGAGAUGCGGAUCACAAGUUUCGACUUCGUGGAUGUGGAAGAAUCCAAUGCUGAAAAGGGGUUCCUUCUCUGUUUGGCACUGUCCAAUUCCACGAUCAAGGUAUUCCACUUCUCACCCUCUGGACAAUUCCGGUUUACUCUGCUGGCUCGGGGUAGAUAUAUGACGAACUGCCUGACUCAAACAAAACUUUGGGUGAAGGACUCAUCCGUGAGUCUGAUAACAGCAGCAACUGAUGGCUACUUCACUCUUUGGGAUUUGACCGACAAACUCCAACCUUUCUAUGACAUCUCUUCAUCAACCCUCAAAGCAAGACAGUCAUUUGACGGUUCCUCUAUCAUACCCGAGGACAUUGCCUGUGAGAGCAGGUAUCAAGUUCACUCGAAUAGUAUCAAAGCAAUGGAGCUGGUGCCUCUUUCUGAAACCGACGCCCUCAUUGUGACUGCAAGUGAUGACAGCUCAAUAACUGCAUCGCUCUUGAGAACCCGCUCUACGGAUUCUGAUAUCAACGAGAGUGGUGUCAACGCGCACGUCUCAACCAUCUCCGUCCCAGACGCUCAUGCAGCAUCAGCGACAGCUCUGAAAGUUCUUCGUCGAGAAGCGAUCACAGCUGCUGGCUCCAGUUCACAAGUCUCAAAACUUACUUUGGUGACCUCUGGUAAUGACCAUCGCCUGAAGUUCUGGUCUAUCACAGUGGAUCCCACGAAACAGGGCACAGAAGGGAUUAUCGUGGAAUUUUUGUUGGACAGAUAUAGUGCCGUGGCUGAUAUUGCCUCUCUAAGUUUCCUACCAGAUCCCGUUUCACAGGGUCAUUCUGACUGCAUGUUGGGAGAGGAAAGACAAGGAAAGCUCCUUGUCGGCGGUGCUGGAAUGGAAAUGUCGGAGACCAGGUUGUAG